UUGACUCUGCCGCUAAACAAGUUUCUUUAAAUUAAUUAAAAUUAAAUAUAUCUGCGAUAGCAUCGCAAAAAUGGCAUCGUUGGAUACUCUAACACCGCAUUUGUCCAAAAUUAAAAUACCGGCGCCCCAGCAGCUGGUUUACAAGGAUGAGUGUGUGUAUUCUUUUGACAAUCCGGAAUCAGAGACGGGAAUAUACGUGUCUCUGACAUCGUUCCUUGGCUUCGGUCGCAAUUACGUCGAACAGUAUUUCCAGAAGACUGGCAACGCAGUAUUUUUACACAUACACAGAGAGAAGAAGCCCAUACCAGAACCGGAGCAAACCGGCGAUGGUCCGGAGAAGAAGAUCACGCGGCUCGCAAUCGGCGUGGACGGUGGGUUCGACCCCGACAUCGGCAAGCCGAAGUUCACUUUCACUGAUCACUAUAACGUGGUGGUGUUGCCGGGGUUUCACACGUUUCCGUGGCCUAACGAAACGCUACCAGAAGUGGUAAAGAAGUCCGUCCAAGGGGUAUUAGAUGCGGAAUCUCCUUUCAAAAUAGCUGAAAUGGAAGCCUUACAAGGCACUUGGGAUGGAGAGAAACGAGAAGUAUCAGUCCACGCGGUAAGCUUGACACAGCUCGACAACGGGGCUAAGAUCCCGCCCUCAGGGUGGAAAUGCUCCCAGUGUGACCUCACGACUAAUCUAUGGUUGAACCUGACAGAUGGCUCCAUCCUCUGCGGGAGACGGUUCUUUGACGGAUCCGGAGGAAAUGAUCACGCUGUUGAGCACUACCGCAAAACUGGGUACCCGUUGGCCGUGAAGCUUGGCACCAUCACCGCCGAGGGCAAGGGAGACGUGUACUCGUACGCCGAAGACGAUAUGGUGGAGGAUCCGUACCUUGCUGAGCAUCUCAAGCACUUCGGCAUCAACGUACAACAGCUCCAGAAGACAGAGAAGUCAAUGGUGGAACUGGAAUUAGAGCUGAACCGGCGUACGGGUGAAUGGAAUACACUGCAAGAGUCCGGCACUGAGCUGAGGCCGUUGCACGGACCCGCAUUGACCGGACUGAACAAUCUUGGCAACUCCUGCUAUAUAAACAGCGUUGUUCAGGUUUUGUUCCGAAUGCCAGAUUUCGUGCGGCGUUACGUAGAAGGCGCCCCUGAAAUAUUUUCCACAUUCCCCGAAGAUCCGGCCAACGAUUUUGAUGUACAAACGGCAAAGCUCGGCGUGGGGUUGGUAUCCGGGCGUUACUCGUUCCCGGGCACGGAGGGCGCGCAGCAAGGUGUGUCCGCGCACAUGUACCGGCGAGUGGUCGCGCGGGGCCAUCCCGAGUUCACCACCAAGCGGCAACAGGACGCGCACGAGUUCUACCUUCAUCUACUCACUCUCGUAGAGCGCCACAGCCGUCACAGAUCCAACCCGGCGGACUGCCUCAAGUUCGCGGUGGAGGACCGCAUCCAGUGCACCGAGUCGCUGGGGGUGAGGUACACUCACCGCGCAGAGCACCAUCUGCCGUUUCCCGUGCCGGUGGCAGCAGCGACCAACGCGACGCAAGUGCGGGAGUACGAGGCGAGACGCGCGCAAGCUGAGGCCAGCGGACAGAGACUAGACUCGUCACAAACCGUCCGGCCCCACAUCCCGUUCCAGGCGUGCCUGGACAGCUUCAUGAAGGAAGAACUCGUGGAGCAGUUCUUCAGCUCCGCGUUAAACAAGAAAGUUACUGCGCGCAAAAUAACACGUUUGGCCACCUUCCCGGACUAUUUGUUGAUUCAACUGAAGAAGUUCACGAUCAAAGAAGACUGGACGCCAGCGAAGCUAGACGUGGCAGUUGAAAUGCCGUGGGAGGUCGACUUAGGUUGCCUUAGAGGUCGCGGCCGGCAGCCCGAUGAGACUUUGCUGCCAGAAGCGACGCCAGAAACUCCAGCGCCGGUCUAUAACGAAGAGCUACUAUCACAACUUUUAUCUAUGGGUUUCCCUGUGGAAGCGUGUAAGAAGUCGCUGUACUUCACAAACAACUCCGGCAUUGAGGCAGCAUCCAACUGGCUCAUGGAGCAUAUGACGGACUGGGACUUCGCCAACAAGUUCGAACCCCCGGGCUCGCAGCCAUCGGGUGCUACAGCGAAUAUACCCGUGGACGAAACCAGCGUAGAACAGAUCACAUCGAUGGGAUUCACGAGCGGUCAAGCCGUGAGGGCGCUGCGGUCGACAGAGGGCGACGUUGGCAGAGCGUUGGACUGGAUCUUCAGCCACGCGGACCAAUUGGAUGCGGAGGAUUUGCCCGUCGCACCCGUCCAGGAUAGGACGCUGGGAUGCAGAGACGGACCAGAAAAAUAUAAGCUGGUGGCAUUUAUCUCUCACAUGGGCACCUCGACCAUGGUGGGCCACUACGUGUGCCACAUUCUGCAUGAAGGCAGAUGGGUCAUAUUCAAUGACAAUAAGGUGGCCCUGUCGGAAAACCCCCCCAAAGAUCUCGGAUACCUGUACCUAUACGAAAGGCUGUGAUGUUUAGCGAACGCGUGUGACGCCGAGUGGUUGACAGGCGGCUUACAGAGUAAUUGUCUUAGACUGCGCUAAAGUGUUGGUGACUUGUUAACGUUUUCUUGUAACAUUAUAACCUUGGUACAUUAUACAAACUCAAAUAAUAGCAUGGAAAUGUAAGCUUUAUAUCAUGUGUUAUAAGGUCUAUAACGAGUGGUCCACUCGUAUAUUUCUGGCAUAAAUAUAUUGAAAAGUUUGCUUUAUGCCACAUAAAGUAAAGUUCAUAUUCCAAUACUUCAAUCGAUGUUGAUUUGAUAUAUUAAGCCAAGGUCAUUUAGGUAACCCUAACCAGCCGCAUUUCCAUACAUUAAUUAUCGGCAUAUUAUUGCAGUAUUAAUGUAUUGUUCUUCAUUCUCAAAUAGCUAAAUAUCGCUUCAUCUCUACUAUCGCCUCUAAAAAACGCAAAAAUAAAUGUAUUACUUUUCUAAAUUGCCUUCCGCCACCAUCAACUCUUCAACAGCCAUGUUUGAAUUUAUGAAGCUUGGAAAUACACAUAUGAUACUGACUGUUGGAUAGAAGCAGGUAAUACUUUGCGGAAUUCCAUAAUUGAUUAUGAAAAUUAAGCUUUAAUUUUUACACUCUCUUAAUACUUCAAGAAAUCAAAAAUUCAACGCGGACGAGGUCAUGGGCAACAACUAUUUAUUAUAUAUAGUUUAGGUUUAGAAAACAGAUUUAGAGAUAUAGCUAUAUCUAUCAAAAUUUGUCUGUAGGUCAUCGCAUCAAACGAUAAAGCCGCCUGUGCGAAUAUAUUAUCCUGUUUGUCUUUGUCAACCUCGUUUUUCUUUACUCAGUGCAAUAAAGACUGCAUCUAUCUAGCUUAGUUUAGGAUAUAGAAUCAUUCAUAAUAAAAUGAUCUGCCGAUAACUGUGUAUGCACGUGGCCAGGGCUAUCUUACAAUAUUUGCGCGCAAUUGUAAAGACAAAGUAAAAUAGACCUAAUUGCACUAAAAUUAGGGUAGCUAAAGUUUUAUUUUACAAACGUUCUGCAAGCGUUUUGGUUCUUGAUGUGUGAAAUUGAGCACUAUAACAAAGACAGUAAGUUCCUAUUUUACUUUGACAUCAGGGUUUCCAUACAAAUCUAAUACUACCGGUACUGAGCCUCUAAUGUAAGUUUUUUAAUGAAUAGUCAUGUUUGUUAUCUGUCAAAUAUGUAUUAAAUUAAACUGUCAACAACAUCGUCAUAAUCAUCAAUCAGCCUGAAUUAAUUGAAUAGUUGUGUACUUAAACACAUCCCCUCACCUAAAAGCGUGAGCCUUUUUGAUCUGCAAGGUAAAUAAACCAAUUUCUAUGUUGAUUCAGUUGUCUUGUUGGACAAGGGAAGUUAUGUAUUUCUACUUGUGAGCUUAGUACAUCCCCCCGUCUAAAACAUUUGCUUGAAUCCUUUAAUAAAGCAUUUGCUACAAGUUUAAAUCUCAUACUUCAGCUACUAUAAUUAUACUAAGCCUGUUUAAACCGCUAGGAUAAUAUGUUGAUUAAGUUUGUGAGUUUCCACAUCCCCGGCUUAAAAGUGAGCCUUGUUGAAAUGCUAGGAAAGUAAUGUGUUUCUAGUAGACGGCGUUACACAUGUCUUUCGCUUAAAGCUAUGCCUUAUUGAACCUUGUUGAGCUGCUAGGUAAAUAAAGCAAGUAUUUGUCAAUUUUAAACCAUCAAGAAUGCGGCAAAAGAUGAUGAAUGUCUUUGUUUUAAAUAAUUGAAUCAAUUUUGCAUAUUAACAACUUAAUUAGUCUGUUUUGUUAGCCUGGUCAAAUGCAAGAAUACUCUGGAUAUUUUAAGAAUGUUAGUUUUUCUACAAAGUGCUCUGUCUUUCAUAAGCUCAAUUUGUAAGGAUGUUCUCCAUAACAAUAAUAAUAAUUAUUAUUAGAUAAUCCCGCAUAUGAAAUUAAUAUAUUAUAAUGCCGUUUUUUAUAAAAGUUUUAACUGCCUAUGUUAGAAUAACAUAAUAAUUUGACAUGUAUAAAUUUGUUAAUCGUGUCAAGAUUACAGUUUUUUCGCUGUACCAUAAAGCUGGGAUCUAUCUGUAAAUGCCUUGUAAAGCAAAGCAGCCUUCUACUAUGUAUCAGCGGAAAAAUUGUACAAUCCCUACUGUGUUGAAGUGAGAGGAGCAUGGGUAAUUUUGGUACAUAACAAUGGGUGUUUAGAAGUUUUUUUUUAAUAGAAAUCCAUGCUAUAAUGAUUAUAAUUUGAAAAUCCUAGAUAAAUAUGAUUAAACCACAGAAUUAAGAACAUGCAGAAACCGUGUACACAUAAUAUUGAGGCA